CAUGUCCGGAGCCAUGAAGUUCAGCGGGUACCUGAAGGUGCGCAUCGGGGAGGCGGUGGGGCUGCAGCCCACCCGCUGGUCCCUCCGGCACUCGCUCUUCCGCAAGGGCUACCAGCUGCUGGACCCCUAUGUCACCGUCAGCGUGGACCAGGUGCGCGUGGGGCAGACCAGCACCAAGCAGAAGACCAACAAACCCACCUACAACGAGGAGUUCUCGGCCACGGUCACCGACGGCCACCAGAUCGAGCUCUCCGUCUUCCACGACACCCCCAUCGGCUACGAUGACUUCGUGGCCAACUGCACCUUGCACUUCCAGGACCUGCUGCGCUCCGCCGCCCCCAGCGACACCUUCGAGGGCUGGGUGGAUUUGGAGCCAGAAGGCAAAGUGUUUGUUGUCAUAACUCUUACAGGAAGCUUCACAGAAGGGACUCUGCAGAGGGACCGGAUCUUCAAGAACCUCACUCGGAAGCGGCAGCGGGCGAUGCGACGGCGGGUGCACCAGGUGAACGGGCACAAGUUCAUGGCCACCUACCUGAGACAGCCCACCUACUGCUCCCACUGCAGGGAGUUCAUCUGGGGCGUGUUUGGGAAGCAGGGAUACCAGUGCCAAGUGUGCACCUGUGUUGUACACAAGCGCUGCCAUCACCUCAUUGUCACAGCUUGCACAUGCCAAAACAAUACUAACAAGAACGAUCUCAAGGUGACUGAACAGAGGUUUGGGAUCAACAUUCCUCAUAAAUUCAGCGUCCACAACUACAAAGUCCCGACGUUCUGUGACCACUGUGGCUCCUUGCUCUGGGGGAUCAUGAGACAGGGUCUGCAGUGUAAAAUCUGUAAAAUGAACGUCCACAUCCGAUGCCAAGCAAACGUUGCUCCAAACUGUGGGGUGAACUCAGCAGAACUUGCAAAAACCUUGGCCUGCAUGGGUCUGCAGCCAGGAAGCAUUUCCCCAAAUUCAAAACUGGUUUCUAGAUCUACGCUGAAACAUCAGGGAAAAGGCAGCCUGAAGGAUGGCAACAACAUUAGUGAAAGUUCAGCAAGCAAACUUGGGAUCAAAGACUUAACCUUCCUUCGUGUAUUGGGAAAGGGAAGCUUUGGAAAGGUGAUGCUUGCCAAGAUGAAAGAGAGUGGGCAGCUGUAUGCAGUGAAGGUGCUGAAGAAGGAUGUCAUUCUCCAGGAUGAUGAUGUUGAAUGCACCAUGACUGAGAAACGCAUCCUCUCCUUAGCCAGGAACCACCCCUUCCUCACCAAGCUCUACUGUUGCUUCCAGACUCCUGAUCGCCUGUUCUUCGUGAUGGAGUUUGUCAACGGCGGGGAUUUGAUGUUCCACAUCCAGAAGUCGCGGCGCUUCGACGAAGAUCGGGCCCGGUUCUACGCUGCGGAAAUUAUUUCAGCCCUCAUGUUUCUCCAUGGCAGGGGCAUCAUUUACCGGGACUUGAAGCUGGACAACGUGCUGCUGGACUACGAGGGGCACUGCAAGCUGGCAGACUUUGGAAUGUGCAAAGAGGGCAUCCACGAUGGCAUCACCACAGCCACCUUCUGUGGCACACCAGACUACAUCGCUCCAGAGAUCCUGCAGGAGAUGCUGUAUGGCCCUGAUGUGGACUGGUGGGCCAUGGGGGUGCUGCUGUACGAGAUGCUGUGCGGCCACGCGCCCUUCGAGGCCGAGAACGAGGACGAUCUCUUCGAGGCCAUUCUCAAUGAUGAAGUCGUCUACCCAACGUGGCUCCAGCAGGAUGCAGUGGCAAUCCUCAAAGCAUUCAUGACCAAGAACCCCUCGAUGCGGCUGGGCAGCCCCGGGCUAGGCGGCGAGAGCGCGAUCCUGCGGCACCCCUACUUCAAGGAGCUGGACUGGGACCUGCUGAACCAGCGGCAGAUGGAGCCCCCCUUCAGACCCCGCAUUAAAUCCAAAGAUGACGUGAGCAACUUUGAUCCAGAUUUUAUAAAAGAGGAGCCCAUCCUGACCCCCAUUGAAGAAGGCAUCCUUCCAAUGAUAAACCAAGAUGAAUUUAGAAACUUUUCAUUCACCAGCCCAGAACUGCAGCAAUAGCUGUGGCUCUGGAGAAAGGUUGCUUAGAGGACUGGGAGGAAAUUAAAUGAAAACCAAGUUUACCAGUAAUUUCAUUCUCAAGGAGUAGCAGUGCACUGACUUGAACAAUACAGCAGCACCACUGUCAGUGUUACCUUAAUGUGAAAUUGAAACCUUCCUGUGUUUGUAGGACUUCUGCAGCUCUUGGAUCAAAUAUUGACAGGGGUGGAACA